UCCUUCCUGACUCCAAGAUGGCAAUCGAUUGUCAUAAUACUGAAUUUUAAAUAUUCUUUCUUUUUUUUAAAAGUGUUCCUAAGAACUAUUCCCCUGUUUUUACUUUGCUGUAAGGCUAUAUCAUCUGAAUUUUAGUGAGGUGACUAUAUGAAUAUAUAACAUCAUAUUCAUGACAAUGACAUGGUAAUACAGUGAUAGAAUAAGAUUUUAGUAUAACACUAGCUAUAGGCCAUACUGGAUAAUAGCUGCAAAACAAAAGAAGAGGAACACCACUCUACAAAGAGAAGUGCAGGUUUCAGGAGUAAAGUAAUUAUGUGAUACAGACUGUGACCCGGGAAGAAUCAACAUUAAAGUAUAAUACGUAUAAGGGUUACCCGAGGAAUGACUUUUAUUCUGAAAUGUAAGAACUGUUCACAAAGCAAUGUUUUUAUUUCUCCUGAUUCUGAUUUGGCCUGCUACAGUUUUCGACAGACUGUUAUUGUUUUUUUAAACCUGAUAUGAUCUAUUCAAGCCACACCAUCUUUUGAUCUAUGGACUGAGUUAUGGCUCAGGGUUUCCAAAGAAGCCAAGUCUGUUUCAAGAUUAUUGAAAAAAAGCGUGAUUAUCUGAUCAACUAUAAAAGUUACGGCUUACAUUUGUUGAACCCUAUAGGAGCUGCAGGCUACCAUUGUAUGGAAGCUACUCAAGCAACCAGACACCUGCCUUGCAUCAUUCACUGGAAGAGUGUUCACCAAAUAUUGUGUAAAGAAAGCAAUGAGAAAUGGGACUGUAACUUGGUGAAAGUUAUUUCCAGAAUGGAGAACUCUGCUCUUAAUGAUACACUAUUCCCAGCAAGGGAAUGCAAGGUGUAGUAAAGAAUUCACAGUCAACUGCAAUCAAACACAGCUUUAUGACGUUUUGAUGGAAGUUUUUUAAACUUACACCAGGAGGCUAUGGUUAGAUGUUGAAGAAUGCAACAAUGUUUAAGUAUAGUAGUUUUGGCCAAUAUCUACGUUAUUAGUUCUCAUGAGCUAUCACUGCUUACCAUCUCAUUACAUGUUAUUAAAAACUCAUGAUAUAUGUACUAUGGACAUUUGACAAGUGGCAAAGAAUGACUUCCUUAAUAUUUAUGUUGCAUAUGAAUGAAAUGUUGUUGGCAAAGCCAGGGUGCAAAGGGGGAAUUUGUAAAAUAUUAAGGUUUGAAAAUUGGUGAUACAGUGGGUUUGAAGGAGUUAAUAGCACUCCUGCCUUAGCCAUACAUAUAUUGACUGACACAUAAAUUUAUAUAGUCCUUUGUUACUUACAUCAGCAAUGUCCCUAAGCAACCUAUGGAAUGGCCUAUGUAUUAGGGUGGGGGAAGUGUAUCCCAUUGAGGGGGUAUAUAUUUAGGAACAAAGGAGAGUCUAAAACACAAGCACACAUGCCACACAGACACACACAGACACUCACACACACACACUAAGACAUACACAUUUAUCCACAUAAUACACUUUUUAGACCUCAGAUUAAUACAUUCAUAUACUUUGCAUUUAUGGUUUUGGUAGGCUGUCAAUGAUAUAUCUGACUGGCUUAAUUGUUAUAAUUUGUAUGUAUUUUUCUGUAACAUUAUUUUCACACAUUAAAUAUACUUAAAAUAUCACCCUGGUGUGUGGUAUCUGUUGACCAUAGAACUUACACAAAUUUAAUAAAUAUAGAGCAGUUAUUACAAGAACCUUAUGAAAUAGAUUGAUCAACCUACUUCUAGCUGUGUCUGGAAACAGUUCCCUUAUGUACACACACAAUGUCAAUGCAAGUGGCACGUAUCUCAUUGGUCUUACCUGUGUUGGUGUUUUUCAGACUAUUAAUAAUGUGGGCCUGGGCUCUUCUUCCCAUUUGUCUGACUAUUUGGGCCACGGCCGGAAUAUGGAUAGUGUAUGGGAUGUCGGUGAGCAAUGGGUCUGUCAAUCUCACAGAUGGGUUUCCCUUUAUCAGUCUAUGUGGGACAUACCCUCCGCAGAGCUGUGUAUUUGGACAAGUUCUUAAUGUAGGAGCAAUGCUAGGUGUAUGGAUCUCUGUUAUACGGUUCCAGCAAAUUAGAGAUUACGGUUGCCACUCUGUCCUUAAUUCUGUCAGUCUGGCAAUGGGACUUCUGUGUGCCUUGGGUACAUCCAUAGUUGGGAACUUCCAGCAAUCGAAUCAGCUGGAGACACACUUGGCUGGAGCUUUUCUGGCCUUCGUUAUCGGUAACAUCUACUUUUGGAUGCAGACUGUUUUGACGUACAUGGUGAAGCCGAAGCAUGGCGGAUGUUACAUUGGACCAAUCAGAUUUUGCCUCAGUGUUGCUUGCACGGCAUUAAUCGUCUUGAUGGCUGUGUUCCUCAAACUGAACAUGAAAUCGAUAUCUGCAAUAUGCGAAUGGAUCGUGGCUAUGAUUUUAUUCCUCCUUUAUGGACUAUUCUCAGUGGACUUUUGGCACCUUGAUGGACACUAUUUCCAUGUGAAGAAGAGGACAGCUAUCCCAAAUGAAGUGGAGGUCUCUACAGUCACAUUAAAUAUUUAGGAAUCUGCGCGUGCAACUGUUGAACGGAUGGACGACACACCAUCAGCUCUAAUGGGAUGUUAUGGUUAUUUUAGGAUGGAAAUAUUCUACGUUCAAGGGCCUGGCAAGUAGUCUUUGGUAGAAGAAUGUAACCACCAGAAGGCAGUGCCCCUAGGAAUCUACAGGCUGCUUUUGUCUAACAUCAUUUUCAUGCAGUUUGGCCCUUAUGUUCUAUUUAAUAUUUGACUCACAAUUUGGAAAAGUUGGACUGCAUUGGACAAUGAUCGACUUCAACCCUCCCGAUCUUACUCUCUUGAUGGCUGCUGUGGGGCACACUGUGAAACCUUGUUCAUUGUGUUAACACUAAGUGCAAUGAUAAAGAUCUGUGAUAGCUUUAAAUAACACAUUCGGAAUGGUCCAAUUAUGACCAAGAGUGGGCAGUAUUAAAAUAUUGUGUUGUAAAAUAUAAAUAUAUUUUUCAGUUAAAAUCGG